CCAAGCUUAGUACAUAGCAGCUCCCCACCCCACUGAAGGGCCCUUCCUUCCGGUUCUCUCCCUCUAAAUAAGGGCAAGCAACUUUUGGGGGGCCUGAGGGACUACAAUGGUCUGCUGCCCCUCAGAGAGCCACAUCAUGUCGGGUGGUCAUGGCAAAUGGAUACCUGCCUACACACACUUGCUACACAUUCAGCACCCUCAUUCAUGAAGAUUGCUCUCUCGGUGCCCAGGCAGAGCACCAUCUGCUCUGAGCCACAACAGGUAACUUGGAACUGCUGCCUCAAGCCAGAGUGUGUCUCAUGGAGCUGCUCCAGGAGUAAAGCCUGACUCUUAGGGAGGUAUUACAACCAACACAUCCAUCUCCAGCACUCCAAGCACUCUGCCAGGAGAAAUAAGGCUGGUUUUGCUGAGUUGCUAUUUUAUUAUAGGUAUUGAUUUUUGGUGUGUGUGUGUGUGGUGAAGGCCUCAAACACACUCAUAAAUAAAUUUCCCCCUGAUCAGAGUUGAUGUGGAAUUUCUGCAGGUGUGGUGAUAGUUUCUUCUGUUCCAGGUGCCCAGGCUGCCAUUCUGCCAGGCCCACUGAGUCCUGCAGGACAGGCACCCUCAGGGCAGUUGCAAGAGAAGCCACCUGCGACCUUUGCCCACUUGUAGAUUUAAGCUUCCAGGCAUGGAUCCCGGCUCUGAAAGACACCCUGUCUGGCAGUUCGUGCUAAUAUCAUUUUCAUGAAGCAUGACCCAAAAUGGGUCAGAGGGGCCCUAGCCCAAACUAGGGCUCUCCUUGGCAUAAAGAACCACUGGGAUGAAUGGAGCAAAGGCCGAGGCAGGAAGGGCAGGCACAAGUGCCUCCUUCUGCAUUGCGGAAAAACUUUGAUUGGCACCUUUCCCCCUCCCCAUGGAAAGAGGGAGUUUGUGUUUGUCCCCUGACUCCCCCUUCCUCUCUCCUGUUUUCAGAAAAACAUGCUUUGUUGACCACUUUGUCAGGCACUUUUGUUGCUAUUUGGGGCUCAUCCUUUCCUGGAAUUGGCUGUACAGAACAGAGGAGAUUUCAUUUAGCCCCUUCACAUCAUGGGCAAAACAUACGCCUGAGGUUUCCCCUGCAGAUUAAAAAGCUUUCAAAGCAAUUGGGGUGGGGGCCGCAAAGGAAGCUGCUGCCUGCACUGUGACGCUAAUAACUUCCCAGAAUCCUCUUUGCCCUUUGGCUGGUUACUGGCUGAAAACAGUGGCUCGAAAACAGAACUGGCCCAGAGAUAUUUUGGUUCCUGAUAUAAAAAUCUAAAGGUCGGUCCUCCCCAGGCACACACCUCAUGAAGCAUGUUAUUGGCCUCCCAUUCAUUGCCAGUUUGACUUUUGUGUGCAGGAGAUGUUCGCAGGGCUGGAUAGAGCUGCCUCCUAUCUGAGCAACUCUGCCUCCCUUACGGGAGACCAUGUUGAGGAUCCUGCUGCUGUCCUUGGGACUCCUGCAAGAAAUCCCCACCACCCUGGCCUCUAACCCCAACCACAGCCGCCGUCUGGCCGAGCGGGGCCCCUCCAUGCUGGACGAAGAAGGCCGCUCCAGCUACCCAGGGCUUCUGCAGGUGAUCAAAGAGGGACCCCCAGAUUUUGAACACCUGGCUGCUCUGGAGAUGCCAAUUGCCCAAGAUGACCUUGUGCUAGAAGCAAACGCAAUGGAGCCACAGCAGAUGUUGCUGACGGCCCUGCAGACCCAGGGAAGGGAAGAGCGUUCCCCUCGAAGGUGUGUCCGCUUGCAGGAAUCUUGCCUUGGGCACAAGCUCCCCUGCUGUGAUCCAUGUGCCACCUGCUACUGCCGCUUCUUCAAUGCCAAUUGCUUUUGCAAGAAAUUUAGCAACACUUUCCCCUGUGGCAAGAACUAGCCUUCAUCAGGGUGCCACUCCCUUGUCUUAUGUUAAAAUGGGGUCCUGUUCUUUUUACCCAUUUUAAUAAAAAGGAGCGACAAAAACA